AUGGUCCUUAAUGCAUUGGAGCUACUGGACAAGCAGAACCAAGUAAUCGUGGCAUGUGGCAAGAGCAGGUCCGAUUUACCGUCAAGUGUGACAUCGACCCUGCUUAGUGUUCCGUACAAACCUGAUCAACGUGUUCCCCUAAUACGACCGGACACACUCGCAAUCGUGUACGUCCGCCGACAACACAUCGUGGACUGCGAGUUGACUGCCCGAGGCAAAACCUCAGCUGAUGUGUUUAAGGACCCUGUACUGGAGGAGAAGGAGGCUGCUCCAGACACCAGAACUAACACCGUUAUGCCAAACGUUUCGACUAACGACGUUGAUUCAACAUUCAGUGAUUCAGAUGACGAAGGAAACGCCAGUGCUAACACAUCGAGGCAAGCGGACAUGGACUUGGUUCGGCUUCAGAACCGGCCUCUACACAAACGAGCGCGAUACGUCGACACGGAUAUUCAUGAACUGUUCAUGACAAGCGAUGCCGACGUUCCGACAUUGGAGACGCGUGCGGAUAUUCACUCCUCGAUGUUAUAA